AUGGCUCCUCGUAGCCUUGCCUUUGCUCUGCCAGCCGCCGGCCUCGUGGCUGCCCCGCUCUUCGUGCCGGGAGCCGCUCCGAGUGCCCCGGCGCCCCGUGCGGCCCCACACGCCGUGGAGGCGCCCAGCAGCGGCAGCAGCUUCUCGGCACUGACGGUCGGCAGCGUGGCUAGCGCAGGUGUCUUGGUGGCGGCUCUGUCGCGCUCUUCCGUCCGAUCCUCUCAGCCUCGAGUCACCCGCAGCUUCUUUGGCGGCCCGACCUCGGCUUCGGCGAGCUUCGACCCGGCCACGGAGAUGGGUGUGCAAGAUCCUGUGGGAUUUUGGGACCCUCUCGGUCUCAGCGCGGACAAGGACCAGGCCACCUUCAAGCGCCGCCGUGCCGUGGAGAUCAAGCACGGCCGCAUCGCCAUGUAUGCAACCAUUGGCUACAUCGUCCCGGAAUACUUUCGCUUCCCAGGCUACUUGUCCCCAUCCCUUGGCUUGAAGUUCUCCGACAUGCCGAACGGCCUUGCGGCGCUCUCGAAGCUGCCCGUGCUUGGCGGUGCACAAAUCAUCGCAUUCGCUGGGCUGAUCGAGACGACAGGCUUCUUCCAGGCGGCUUCCACCACUGAUGGCCGUGGUCCUCGGGAGGGUCAGUUCUCCAUGAAGGACUCCACCGAGACCGGCGAGCCGGGCAACUACGGCGUCGGCUUCCCGACUUUCGUGGGCAAGGUGGAGGACUCCAAGAACUGA